AUGCCACUGUCUUUGACUCAACUAUGCUCCUCAGGGACUCUCCUGAUGCUGUUAGUAUCAAACCUCCUCCUGUGGGAGAAGGUGACCUCUGCACCCAUGAAUAUCAGUGAGGCUGGCCUUAGUGAAGUGUCCCUCAAGGACCUGUUUGACAACGCCACUAUACUGUCUGAGAAUAUCACUAAGCUUGCUACAGACAUGCGCAUGGAAUUUUUCUACAACAAUUUCUCUUCAAGAAUAUUCAGUAAAACUCUAAGAAGCUUGCACAAGGAAAUGAGACUGAAUGACGUCUUCAACAAGUGCCACACUCUUCCCAUCAAAACUCCAGAAACAAAAGCAGAAGUCCGCAAGACCUCGUUUGAAGACUUUCUGAACAUAACAUUCAAUACACUGCGUGCCUGGAAAGACCCUCUGAAACACCUAGUGACAGAACUCAGUGUUAUGCCAAGAGUCCCUGAUGUUAUCCUCUCACAGGCCAAAGCCAUUGAGGCCCAACACAAAGUCCUUCUAGAGUACAUCAUGAAGAUAGUACCCAAGGUUAAUCCUGCGCUCCAAGAAAAUGAAGACUUUCCAGUCUGGUCAGAUCUGGACUCCUUGCAGGCACCCGAUGAAGAAAUUCGAUUAUUUGCUCUUUAUGUAUUCUCAUACUGCCUGCGUGUUGACCUGCAAAUAGUUGAAUUUUAUAUCUAUAUGAUGAGAUGUCUGCAUAUGCAUGGUAACAUCUGCUACUUGGAAUCUGCUCCAUCUUUUUGA